AAAAAAAAAAGGUUUUCCCUGAUAUCAUUGCUAUGGACUCUCGGCCAUGGAAAACUGAGACACGGACGAAGAACUUCUCCCAAAAUGGCAUUUUUUCAUCUAAAUCUAUCCCCGACUGCUCCCCUACCACUUCCCAGACCCUCACAAAGUUACCUACGCAAGCCCCCAAUACACCUCAACUCCACUAUCCUCUCCCGCUCUUCUCCUCUCACAAAGCUCGAGCCUCCUCCCCUCCUUGAACCUCCCCACGACAAGUCCCCGGCGUCAAAAGACCAGCAUGCCACGCCGCCGCUGCGGCCGAGGCUGCGGCCACCAUCCCACGGCCGGAAGAACGAUUUCUACCUCAACGUUGGCGUCGCCGUCCGCACCCUCCGCGAUGAUCUCCCUUCCCUCUUCUCCAAAGACCUCAAUUACGACAUCUACAGAGAAGAUAUCACUUUCAUCGACCCUCUGAGUACGUUUCAAGGGAUGGGUAACUAUCGGCUCAUCUUCUGGGCGCUGAGAUUCCAUGGACGGAUUCUAUUUAGAGAAAUUAGGGUGGAGGUGUUCCGGGUUUGGCAGCCUUCAGAAAAUUCGAUUUGGAUUCGAUGGGAGAUGCAGGGGGUUCCACGAGUGCCAUGGGAGGCUAAGGGACGGUUCCAGGGGACUUCAAGAUACAAGGUUGAUCGGAACGGGAAGAUUUAUGAGCACAAGGUGGACAAUUUAGCAUUCAAUUUCCCGCAGACGGUGGCGAGACCGGCAAGUGUGUUAGAUUUUGUAGCUGCAGCUUUUCCUCCGAGUCCCAAUUUAACGUUCUGGGGAGAUCCGUAUAAGGAACUGGCUUCGUCUUCAUGGCUUGAGCUGUACAGGGCAGUGAGAGGGACUCUGGUUCAGAUAGACCAGGAUGUGGAUCGUGCGGGGCUUGAUAGCUUGGUCGGCUGUUUGUAGGUUGGUUUGGAACUCCGAGGAAUGGGGGAGAGUGGUUGCAGUGAGCAUCAAGGGGAACUGGUGCUGUAAGUUUUACUAAGGUUUUAAGAGUAAGGUGUCAAAAUAGUCCCUGAUUAUUUUCAUGGGGCCCUUUUAGCCUUAGUGUUUAUAGAAGUGUCAAAAUAGUCCCGAGUAUUUUAAAAUUGAGCUCCAUUUGUCCUUCAAGGGGACUGUUUCAGUCCCAAUUUAAAGAGUAUGGAGAUACUUUGACACUUUUAGAAACUCUAAGGCUAAAAUGACCCUACGUAAAUACUCAGUGACUAUUUUGGCACUUUACUAAAGGCAUAGUUACUUCUCUAUAUGUUCUUUCCAUAGAUGUGUUAUAUAGAUUAGCUAUGAUUCUUGUAGCUACUGAUUUGUUUUAAUGAAUUACAAAGCAAGC